CAGAAAAGGACUCUCUUGAGGAAAAAACACACACACGCACAGGGCUAAAAAAAAGAAAGCAGAAAGACAAAACUGUGGUGGUGGAGACAUACUGUUAUCGCAAGAAGGUGAUUUAAAGAACACAGUUCCCACAUACAGUGAGUGUUUGCAGCUUCUAUAAUCUUGCAUUGAUCAUCAGGCGUUAUUUGAGACUUGAAAGUUGAUCGUUUUCGUUUCUGUUUAUUGCUGUCAUUUGAUCAUCAACACUGAAAGAGAUGGACCUUGGGCUGAGUUGUCAUCACCGUGAGGGACAGAAGCCACUCCUACGACAAGAUAACGAGGACAAGAAAAUACCUCAAGCACAGGAAAGAAACAUUUUCACGCCGUGUGAAAAAGAAUAUGUAAAGAACAUCUCAGAUGUAGAAGAAGAGGAAGAGGAGAUAACAGUUGGUAGCUCGAAAGUGAAUGUAAAUGAUGCUCGUCUGAUACCUCAGAGCAAUUUCCACAAGUACUGUUACCGCCAUAACCCAGAUGUGAAGUGUAACAAGUUGGCGGACUCAAACAAGAUUUCACAGCUGCAGGAUACUUUGCAAAAGAUGCCUUUGAAAGACCAGGAGACAAUCAACGACGUGUGGAGUAUAUUCGGUGCUGCAGACUCUGCAAAGAGACAAGUAAUACUACAGGGAAUCCUCAGUCAGUGUUGUUUCCCUCAACUCUCAUUCAUAUCGCAGGAAGUGUCCUCACUUAUUAGGAUCGACUUCAUUUCAACUCUACCCACAGAGUUGUCAUCAAAGAUUCUGUGCUACUUGGACUGCGAGUCCUUGUGUAAUGCGGCACAGGUCUCGAAGAAGUGGAAGAGACUCGCCGAUGAUGACCGCGUUUGGCACCAUAUGUGUGAGCAACACAUUGACCGUAAGUGUCCGAACUGUGGUUGGGGUCUACCACUGAUGCACAUGAAGCGUGCACGUGAGAUUGAGUACUCUCCAAAGAACGACGCCAUUACCCUGAGUGGGAAUCAUCCACCUCAGGUGAAGAGAAGAAGAUUGUCGAAUCAGACGACAAAUGGACACGGCGUAAGAAAGACAAGACCAUGGAAAGUUGUCUACAGUGAGAGGUUCAAAGUGGAGAGAAACUGGAGAAAGGGAAUAUACACUACAAAACAGUUCGUUGGACACACUGACGGUGUGCUAACCUUAAAGUACGAUUAUAAGUAUCUUUUCACAGGAUCAUACGAUAAGACUGUGAAGAUUUGGGAUGUGAAAACAGGAGCGUUGAUCCGCUCUCUUGAAUCACAUACACAAGGUGUCAAGACUUUAGCGUUUGAUGAACAGAAACUCAUCACAGGUUCACUUGACAACACAAUCAAAGUUUGGAACUAUCACACCGGCCAGUGCAUAGCGACUUACAGGGGACACGAGGACUGCGUCCUCAGUGUGGACUUCUACAAGAAGAACAUUGUGAGUGGUUCAGCUGAUACAACCGUCAAGCUGUGGAACGUUGAAUCGCGUACAUGCAUUGCCCUUCGUGGACACACGGAAGGUGUCAACAGCGUCAAGAUUCAUCCACAGAGUAGCACCAUCUUCAGUGCCAGUGAUGACACCACUGUUCGCAUGUGGGACAUGACAACCCACAAGCUGUUGAAAGUGUUCAAGGGUCAUAUCGCCGCCGUUCAGAAGGUGAUACCGCUGAACAUCUCCAGCGAUUAUGAGCUUGUGCACGACCAACAGAAUGAUGACGAAGACGUUGGCGAGGACGAAGAAGAGGAGGAGGGAGAAGGAAUCGAUUACCUCGACGAAAGUCGCCAAUAUCCGAACUACAUCCUAACGGCAUCCUUGGAUAACACCAUAAAGCUAUGGGACGUCCGUUCUGGUAAGUGUGUGCGCACGCAAUUUGGCCAUUUGGAGGGCAUUUGGGAUAUCAGUGCGGACACUUUCCGUAUAGUUAGUGGUGCACAUGACAGUCUGGUGAAGGUUUGGGAUCUACAAAGUGGGAAGUGUAUGCACACUUUCCAAGGCCAUUCGAGCCAUGUUCUUGCCGUUGGGUUAGGCGAUUCCAGUUUCGCCAGCGCGGAUGAAACUGGCGUUGUGAGGAUGUGCAACUUUGACAACUUUGAUUAAAUGUCGUCCUAUUCUAUGACGUGUUUGACGUCAUAUCUGUGCUAUGUUUUGGUCUCAUGGAACCGUUUAAAUCGGAGACGUUGCUUCUCCUUCUCCUUCCUCUUUCUCAUCCUGGCCUUUUUCGCCUUUUAUCUGGGAGUUAUGUCUAUGUGCUAUUUCCUUGUUUCCAGUUGUUAUCGCCAACCCUAAUUUACGUCUGCUUAUGAA